AUGAGCUUCACAUCUUUCUUUGUAACUAAAAACUCUUUUCCUCCAGACUUGACCUUGCGACACUUCUUCGUGGGCCUUCUUCCCAGAAAUCUCUCAAUCCGGUCCAUCUUAUCAAAGGGUACUUUAUUCGAAGCCAACACCAUUCUAAGACGGAUAAAUCUCUGGAGAAAAGAAACUAAUCCCCGAAUGAUUAUACACAAUGUCGAGGAGGGAGAAUACAUCGAGGAUAAUGAUGCAUUUGACAGACUUCUGAAACUAAGAUCCAAAGAAGAGUCAAUAGAAAAGCAUAAGGAAAUCGUCCAGCUGGUUUCUGACGACUACUUCUCCUGGAACAAGCUUAAAGAGUAUCUCCUGGCAAAUCCCUCGGACUUUCGAAGCCAGCUCAAGGUUUGUGAAAAUUCUCUGAGAAGCAAUCCUAAGUCUUAUCAGCCUUGGCACCACAGGAAGUUCAUGAUGAAAAACUUUCAAAGGCAAAGGGAGAAAUACCUCGACAGAGAAGACUUUCUUACAAAGCUUCUGCUUGACUCAGACCCAAGAAACUUCCAUUGUUGGAAUUAUAGGAUGUCCAUUCUCAACACCAAGACAGGAAGGGAUUUAUUCAAUUACUCAUAUCUACACCAUCACCAAGACUCAGAAGAUCCUCUUUCCAUUAUAUAUACCGAUCCUCUAGAUCCAACCUCCUGGGAAUACUUCUACCUGUGGAGAGAAAGAAAGAGGAUGAGGAAUGGCCUAUACAUUAGAAGAUACAAGGAUCAUCUAGAGAUUAGGUUUUCAAAGCCUUUUCAAGGUCAGAUUAUUUUUGAAGCAGACAAGACUAGAAAAAUAGUAGCUUCCGAGCUUGACACUAGGAUCAUCGUAAUAGAAGAGACUAUGGGAGCUCUUGAUAGUUUCUGGGUGAUAAUGAAUGGAGAGACUGUAUACCUUAGCCUUGAAGAUGAAGGCUUUGGAUUUGUACACGAAAUCCUUGAAGUUGAGCCUGAGUGUUGUGGUGCAUUAUUAAUGCUUCUAGAUUACAUUAAGGAAGAAACAGAAAGAAUCAGCAUUAUAGAGAAAAUCAUAAGUUUAGAUCCAAUUAAGAAGAACUAUUACAACACUUUGUGUGGGAGGUUCUAUAGUGUAUAUGUCCCAGAGCCAGAAAAGUACUUCAAAAAUAAAGGAUGA